AUGACCCCAUAUCCUGGACAGACCCAUAUUUUGAGUCCGGAAAAGAAGAACAACUCACUUCGAGACACCCAGAAUGCUGACUUUGCAAUUAGAGAGGCUGCCCCUCAAGCAAGAUCUGGAGAACGUCCUUUCUUCAUCGCCCAAGGACUCCAUAAGCCCCAUCUUCCCUUUGUGGCAACAAUGAGGUUCUUUGACAUGUACCCCGAGUCGUCUAUCAGUCCCCCAGCUAACCCAUAUGCUCCUGAUAAGAUGCCAGAAAUUGCAUGGUAUAUUUAUACAGAGCUCGGAAAAUACGAUGACAUUGAGAAAUUACAUGUUUCUGGAGACAUUAACUCCACCCUCCCUAACGAUGUUAUUCUCAGCAUGAGAAGAGCCUACUACAGUGCCCUCAGCUACACCGACUACGAGCUGGGACGAGUGGUCAAGGAACUGGAGAACCAAGGACUAGCCAACAACACAAUCAUCUCCUUCUGGGGCGAUCACGGCUGGCAGCUUGGUGAACACGGUGAGUGGUGCAAACACACAGACUUUGAAAUCUCCACCCACGCCCCUAUGAUGGUACAUGUGCCGGGUCUCACUGACAAUGGCAUCGUGACGGAAGAACUCACUGAGUUUGUGGAUAUGUUUUCAACUCUAGUAGAAGCUGCAGGUCUUCCUGCGCUUGUCCUGUGCCCAGAAAACUCUUCCAACGUUCUAGUCUGUUCCGAAGGCAACAGCUUGGUUCCUCUGAUGAAAGAUCCAGCAAGUCCUAACUGGAAGAAAACAGUCUUCUCACAGUACCCAAGGACCACAGCUAAAUACAGAUACACCGAGUGGGUGAAGUUCGACAUGAAACCUCUCUAUAAGCCGGACUGGAACAAGGUUUAUUGUGUUGAGCUGUACGAUCAUAUUAAGGACCCUGAGGAAAACUAUAACCUGGCUUAUAAUUCUGCUGAAAAGAAACUUGUAUCUGAACUACGGAAAGAGCUGCAUGCUGGAUGGAGGGCUGCCAGACCAAGGACAUGA